UUAAGAAUCAUGUUAUUUUUUAGGCUCCUAUUCCUCGUCACAUCAGCGUUGGCUGUAGAUAACAAUGUCUUCCACGACUGUAGCAGUGAACCAUUUUGCGCGACUUUCAGAAGCCAAGUCUUGGAUGCAAACACUCAAUUUGUGGCCAAUGUGGCCGAAGCUCAGAGAACUCCGUUAAAUACAGUUAACGUGCCUUUAACUAACGGCAAUGGUGAGGAACUGACUCUGGAACUGUCUAUAUUAUGUGGGCAUAAAAUGAGGAUAAAGGUACUGGAAAAGGUUCAAAAACGGUUUAUUAUUAGAUAUGGCAUAGUUCUUAGCAAAAUGGACUAUCCUCCAACACUAGAAAUAUCAAAUGACACAUUAACUAUAACAACUACUUGGGCAGUGGAGGACAAAAUCGUGGUAAGAAAAGGCCCACCGUUUACUGUGGAAUGUUACCAUCAAGACCAAUUGGAGAUAGUUCUAAAUGGUGACCGACUAGUUAUGAAAAAUGCUGAGACAGUGGAGGACCAGGCGUUCAGCUUUAGAGUGGAAUUCGAAGGAGCUAACAAGCUCUAUGGUUUAGCCCACCACUCUUUCCAAAUGGCCUUAAAAGAAACAGUUGACGGUUCAUCGGAACCUUUUCGAAUGAAAAACCUCGAUAUUGGGGAAUACGAUGAGGAUUCUCCCUUGGCUUUGUACGGAUCCAUACCAGUUGUCUAUGGGCACUCGGCUGAUUUCACUUCGGGCGUAUUUUUACACAAUGCAGCGCAGAUGUUUGUGGAUAUCAACUACACCGGCGAUAGACCUUCUGCUUAUUUUAUGGUGGAAUGUGGGCAUUUCGACCUCAUUCUCUUCCUGGGUCCCACACCUAGGGACGUAGUGAGACAGUAUUCUUCCAUGAUGGGCGUUACCCGCAUGCCACAACUGUGGGUUUUUGGUUAUCACCAAAACCGUCAUACUUAUUGGACCCAAGAAGAAGUAAAGGACGUGGUAGCGAAAAUGGAUCAGGCUGAUUUUCCGUUAGAUAUAAUUUUCCUUGAUUAUGGCUACACCAACAAGUACAGGUAUUUCGAGUGGAAUCCCGAGAAUUUUACAGAUCCCUUGGAAAUGCAACAAAACAUAUCGGCUACAGGGCGUCGCAUCAUCGCCGUUUCAAAUACUCAUGUACCGGUCGACCUAGACUAUUAUAUAUAUGUUGAUGGUAAAGAAUUGGAUAUCUAUGUUAAAAAUCCCGAAGGAAGUGAUUACAAAGAUCUCACCAGAGCUGGAGAAUCGGUUUGGAUAGACUUCUUGAUCCCAGACGCUCUUACCUGGUACGCAUUCCUUUUUGAUUUUAGUAAGUUUUCGGGAACUUCCGAAACUAUAGCAGGAUUCUGUCACGAUUCCAACCAACCGUCCUUUCUGAACGAUACCACCGAAAGGACAUUUCCACCAGAAACUUUACAUUACGAACAAACCCAGAACAGGGAAAUCCACAAUUUCUACCCAUUAAUGCACGUGAGAGCCGCAGAUGCAGCACUAUCCUUUAGAGACCGCUACGAGAAACGGGUGUUUAUUCUCAGUCGCGCCCAUUUCGCAGGAUCUCAUCAAUAUGCUGCUGUAUGGACUGGAGAUAAUACCGCAAGCUGGCCUCAUCUUCGAAAUAGUAUAACUGAAUGUCUUACGUACAAUUUAAUGGGAACAGUGCAAUGUGGCGCAAACGUUGGAGGAUUCUACGGUGAUCCAACAGAAGAGCUUUUGCAGAGGUGGUACCAGGUGGGUAUUUGGAUACCAUAUUUCAGGGCUCAUUCUAGUGGAGAUUCAGCUCCACGAGAACCGUAUCUGUUCUCUGAAGAAGUACAAUCAGUGAUCAGACUUGCCAUCAAGACCCGUUACAAACACAUACCCUACUGGUACAGGCUCAUGUUCGAUCACACUCAAAGUGGAGACCCUCUGAUCAGGCCGCUCUUCUACAGCUACCCCGAAUAUAUCGAUUAUGACGAUCACUUCUUGAUUGGAGAGGAAAUUCUUUCGAGGCCAGUAUUGGAGGCUGGUGUGAGUGAGGUGCAAGUCACUUUUCCUGGAAACGAUAUUUGGUACAGGGUUGACGAUGAUUCAUGGGCAGUUUAUGAAGGUGGAACAAACCAAAAUCUAGUUGUAAAUAUUACUACGUCACCGUACUUCUAUCGAGGAGGUAGUAUAAUUCCAAGGAUGGACAUUGAAAGACCGUCUACUACACAGAUGAUGACUGAUCCAUUUCAACUAUACGUCACUUUGGAUGAUGAUGACAAUGCAGAGGGACUGCUGUACUUCGAUGACUAUAUCACUUUACACUACAUAAGAGCAUCUUAUUUCUACUUUAAACUUACAUACGAUUAUGGAACUAAUGGUAUCAGGUUUCAACAGGUAAGCGGCUCUUCAGAUGGUUUUACUCCUCGUAUUCAAAGGAUAGUAGUACACCGUCGAGGAACAAAUAAAGAAACUAUAACGACGACAUAUACAACCACGGGAGACGGCUCACCUUUGGAAGAUGUAGACAUUGUACAACACCUACUGUUGAAAGAGAAGGAAGGUUUUACUAUUUAUUUAUAGUGAUUGUUGUUUUAAAUAAAUUUUGGAAAUAUAGAGGCUUGAGUGGGGCGAAUUUUACUUCAAUAUAUACUUAAACGGAA